AUGUCUCUCCCCAAAGCUAUUUUGUACAGCUGGCCUUCCUCGGUCUGGAGCACUGUCCCCAGGCUCUGCCUCAUCGAGAAGGGCUACGCAGAGGACGAGUACGUCGUCAAGUAUGUCAACAUCUGCACCAUUCCCACACUCGUCGUGCCGACCCUCGAGACCACAGGCGACGACGUGGAUACCCGAUACCGAUCCUUACGUGACACUGUUAGCAUCUGUGACUUUCUCGACCAGGCUCGCGGCGCCAACACUUCUCAGACCUCGUCCGAGAGGCCCGCCCCUGCUUUGGCUCCGGCCACGAUCGAAGGCACGUUGCACCGUGAUCCUCAAAAGUCUCUCUCUGAUCUUUAUUUAGCCAAGACGUUGUCCGACCAGGUAAUCGAGCUCAUACACCUCCCGGCCGUUGACCCCAACUUUAUCGCCAUUUCCGCCGUCAACGAAGCCGAACUCAAGGAAAAGGCCUCGGAUGGUCCCGGCAAAGCUCUGUCUGCCCGUAAAGACGCCCUCACAAAGUACCUUGCCGAGGCCCGCCAAGUCGUCGCUGGCUCUACCGUCGCGCCCAAGGAAGGCUCGACCACCUUUGACCAGCGGAUCGUUCAGUUUCUGGAGGAAAAGCUCAGGACAAACGAAGAAGUUUGGAAAAUCUACCAUGGCGAGUCUGCGUCAGAGACACUUGACCUAUUUUACGAGGUUUCCCAGAAGGCUUGGAAGGAGAGGUUGCCCGAGGCUUUCAGCCAACUGGAGAACUUGAUCAAGGGCCCCUAUGUUCUUGGUGACCACUUGUCUCUUGCCGACCUCCACGCAGUCUCAUGGAUGACUCGAAUCGUGUCCAUCGCCGGCGGCUUGCCAGAUGCUAAUGGUUUGGAUUCUAUCGAGAGAAAGACAGGCGCGAAUCUGGGCGAAAAGACUAAAAAGUUUUGGGAAUUGUGGAUUGAGAGAGAGAGCUUCAAGCAGGUUCUUGUGCCUGCGAGCUCGGCUUUCCAGGAAAUGAAGUAG